UGGACACCUUUGUCUUCGGACGCUAGGCUGCUGUCCGGGGGGAAAAGGGUAGAAGCUGCCGAGAAGGAAACUCGCUUUAAGCGGGGCUGUUGGCGUCCCGCGUGUCCGGGGCGCUGUCUCGUUUCCCCGUGGGGGAGGGGUGGGUGCCGAGGUUUCGGGAGUUGGAGGGUCCCGCAGGCGGUGCUGCCGAUCUUUUCCUGAUGCGGAGCUUUGAGCGAGCCCUCCUUCCGCCCCGGGGCUGACCCCCGGGGCGGGGCGCGGCGGCUCGGAUGCCUGGAGGGUCACGUGUCCCGGCGCCUCGGGUUUGAAAUGAUCGGUUUCGGGCUGAGUCGAAUCCAGGCCUGGAGGAGAAGCGCUGCAGCGCGAGGAACGCGGUCUGCUCGUGGCCCGCCUUCCGUGGGGGCCCGGCCGCACCUCCCCGGGGAAGCCCCCCGAGCAGGGGGCUGUGGCCGCUGUGGCCUUGCGCGUGGAAGGCUCGCACGUUCUCCGCAGAAGGGCCGUCUUGGGGAAACGCUUCCUGUGUGUGGGGCCCUCCCGGGGAGUAGGAAGCCGGAGCCGCUCCGGGUUAGCGGCCGCGGAGCUGCGUGCCUUUCAUUCUUUUGGGUUUUCUGGGAAGCUUUUUCUUGGCUCGGAGAUUUUUAAAAAAUAUGUUGAUAGCAGGCUGUGGGCUUUUUUUUUUUCCUUUUUUCUAAAUAUCGGGGAGGUAAAGGCCCUGCUGUGAAGGAAUAGGAACUGGAGAGAACGGGCAGGUGAGGACUUCGGACCCCAGGAGCACAGCCGUGCUUUGGCGCCAGGACACCCCAGGGUUUGUGUCCUGCAAGCUUGGCUCCCCGAGGGCGGGAGGGCCGGAACCAGGAGCUCUCAGAACCACAGAGGGAAAUCGUGCAGGAAGCUGGUCUGUCCAGGUCGGGAGUGCAGGUGGUGGUCCCAGGGCCUCCCGGCCUGUCCGAGACAGCCUUCCCGGGCCAGGCAAGGGGCCGUCGUGUGACAACUCGGGUGGCUCUGUCCACGGGGCAGCCAGGCCUCAGCACGGGGGUGACUAAACCCCCUUCUGGACUGACGCUCCCUGAGUUGGCUAGGACCUGGUCCGUUUGCAGCUGCCACACCAAUGCCCUUGGACGGCACUAAGCUGAGGCGUGCAGAGCUGUGGGAACCCUCCAGUAGACACGUUUUCUUCCCGCCUUCCGUCCAGCCCGCCUGAGGCGGGGAGAAAGUCCAGUCACGCGGAGCCGGGUUGAAGAGUAACCUGUGUUAAUUUUAUCAGAUCCCUUCGGCGAGCUACCCCCCACCUCCCAGGAACCUUCCAUCCUCCCAGUGUUGCGUCCAGAGCUCUGACCCCAGGGCCUCUGAGCCCACCUUUCACUGGUCUCCUUUCCUGUUGGAGAAUGUUCCCAAAGUGCUUCCACUUCUUGUCAAACAGACCACAAUACUUGAACCUCAACUCAAGGCAUUGUCCCAGAUAUAGCAGUUGGUACGAAGCGGGGAUCCGACGAGCUUUUCUCUGCCUGCGUCACUAACGGACCCUUUAUCAUGAGCGGCAACUCGGCCUCUGCAGCAAAUGGGAACGACAGCAAAAAGUUUAAGGGUGACAACAGAAGUGCAGGCGUGCCCUCCAGAGUGAUCCACAUCCGGAAGCUCCCCGGCGACGUCACCGAGGGCGAGGUCAUUUCCCUGGGGCUGCCCUUCGGGAAGGUCACCAAUCUCCUGAUGCUGAAAGGGAAAAAUCAGGCCUUCAUCGAGAUGAACACAGAGGAGGCCGCCAACACCAUGGUGAACUACUACACUUCGGUCACGGCUGUGCUUCGAGGUCAGCCCAUCUACAUCCAGUUCUCCAACCACAAGGAGCUCAAGACAGACAGCUCUCCCAACCAGGCACGGGCCCAGGCAGCGCUGCAGGCGGUGAACUCGGUGCAGUCAGGAAACCUGGCCCUGGCCGCCUCGGCUGCCGCGGUGGACGCUGGGAUGGCCAUGGCCGGCCAGAGCCCAGUGCUGCGGAUCAUUGUGGAGAACCUUUUCUACCCGGUGACUUUGGACGUACUCCACCAGAUCUUCUCCAAGUUUGGCACAGUUCUGAAAAUCAUCACUUUCACCAAGAAUAACCAGUUCCAGGCGCUGCUGCAGUAUGCUGACCCCGUGAGCGCCCAGCACGCCAAGCUGUCGCUGGACGGGCAGAACAUCUACAACGCCUGCUGUACGCUGCGUAUCGACUUCUCCAAGCUCACCAGCCUCAACGUCAAGUACAACAACGACAAGAGUCGGGACUACACGCGCCCUGACCUGCCCUCCGGCGACAGCCAGCCCUCGCUGGACCAGACCAUGGCUGCCGCCUUCGGUGCACCUGGUAUAAUGUCAGCCUCCCCGUAUGCAGGAGCUGGUUUCCCUCCCACCUUUGCAAUUCCUCAAGCCGCAGGCCUGUCGGUUCCUAACGUGCACGGGGCCCUGGCGCCUCUGGCCAUCCCGUCGGCGGCGGCGGCAGCAGCAGCGGCGGGCCGGAUCGCCAUCCCAGGCCUGGCAGGGGCAGGAAAUUCUGUCCUGCUGGUCAGCAACCUCAACCCCGAGAGAGUCACACCCCAAAGCCUCUUUAUUCUUUUCGGCGUGUACGGCGAUGUGCAGCGGGUGAAGAUCUUGUUCAAUAAGAAGGAGAACGCCCUGGUGCAGAUGGCGGACGGGAGCCAGGCACAGCUGGCCAUGAGCCACCUCAACGGGCACAAGCUGCACGGGAAGCCGGUGCGCAUCACACUGUCCAAGCACCAGAACGUGCAGUUGCCCCGCGAGGGCCAGGAGGACCAGGGUCUCACCAAGGACUAUGGCAACUCCCCCCUGCACCGCUUCAAGAAGCCCGGCUCCAAGAACUUCCAGAACAUCUUCCCGCCUUCGGCCACUCUGCACCUCUCCAACAUCCCGCCCUCCGUGUCCGAGGACGACCUGAAGAUCCUCUUCUCCAGCAACGGUGGGAUCGUCAAGGGGUUCAAGUUCUUCCAGAAGGACCGCAAGAUGGCGCUGAUCCAGAUGGGCUCGGUGGAGGAGGCCAUCCAGGCGCUCAUCGACCUGCACAACCACGACCUGGGCGAGAACCAUCACCUGCGGGUCUCCUUCUCCAAGUCCACCAUCUAG